AAAAAAUGGCGGCAAAGGUUGGUGUUAUCAUGCGAUCAUUACUCUAAAAUCUACACUGCAAUGCAAUAGGAAUUGUGACAAAAAAMGAAGGCGAGUGAAUGUAGUUAGCUUUAUUCCUUACUGGGCAAGAUUUUAGUGACUAAGAUAAGCAAAGAAAGCUCCAUGGAAUCUGAAUCGAGUAUUGAUGAUGUGCCGACGAGUUUUCCAUUUCCAUUUCAACCGUACGACAUCCAGGAAGAUUUUAUGAAAGAACUKUAUCGUGUAAUUGCUAAAGGAAAUAUUGGUAUAUUUGAAAGCCCGACUGGAACGGGGAAGUCCUUAAGUCUGAUAUGUGGUGCAUUAACUUGGCUCAAAAACGUUGAAGAACAGAUAGAGAAAGAAAGUCUGACCUCACCUGAUACAACUUUAGAGAAUAAACCAAAAGAUAGCAAGUCAAGCAAUAGUGACUUGCCUGAUUGGGUUGUGCAAUUUGGAGAAAGAAAAAAGAUAGAGGAAAAGAAACAGCAGCUCAAAGAACAAUGUGAAAAACUCAAAAAACAGAAUGCUGCACUAGAUCAGCUCAGGAAAGAGCCAGGAAAGGGUUUCAUAAUAAAAGGGAAAAGAAAGUUUAAAUCAGAUCACUCAGCAAGAAAUGAGAUAGAUGAGACCAAAAUCGAAAAAGAAAUAGAUGAAAUUCUGGGAAAGGAUCCUGAUUCUGAUAUUAUCCUGGCUGACUACAACAGUGAUGAUCAUGGCAGCUCAGAUGAAGAAGAAGAUGAAUUCCACUGUACAAAGGUCUAUUACUGUAGCCGUACUCAUUCCCAGUUAGCACAGUUUGCAAGGGAAGUCAAGAAGAGCCCAUUUAAGAAUACUCGACUGGUCACUCUUGGCUCAAGACAGAGUUUUUGUAUUAAUGAAGAUGUGAAAAGGUUAAAAUCUAACAAUAAAYUCAGUGACCGAUGUCUGGAGCUGCGUAAUAACAAAAGAAAAGGUUGGUCAUUGUUUCAAAGUCAAAUUAUUAAAAGCUAUAAGAAAGAGAAAUAUCCAUUAGGGGCAUUCUCUAGUACAAUAAAACCGCUCAUAGAAUUUGCACAGUUAAUUAACUUUUUAGAUGGAGUUGACAUCAGGGAUAUUGAAGACCUUGUUUCACUUGGAAAAGAGCUUCAGUCUUGUCCAUACUAUGGAACUCGACAUGCUAUUCCAGCAGCCCAGUUGGUAUGUCUUCCUUAUAACAUUCUCUUAAGCAAAGCCACUCGUCAAGCUUCAGGAAUCAAGCUGGAGGGUAAUGUGGUGAUUAUUGAUGAGGCACACAACCUACUUGAGACAAUCAACAACAUUCACUCUGUUGAGAUAACUGGUGCACAGAUAAGUGCUUGCAUAUCUCAGCUGUCAAAGUACCUGGAUAGAUACAGGACAAGACUAAAAGCUUCUAAUGUGAUGUAUAUAAAACAGCUUCUAUUUAUACUGAAAAACUUUCUUUCUUACCUGGGAGGUGAGGAAACUUGUCAUAAACAGGCUAAAAACACAAACGAUACGAAACUUCACAAGAUUAACGAUUUCACAUUUAUUACUCAAAUUGAUAAUGUAAAUAUGUUUAAGAUUUGUAGAUUUUGUCAAAACACCAUGAUCUCUAAAAAGUUGAAUGGAUUUGUGGACAGGUACAGAGAACAGUAUCAGUCUAAAGAUAUUGAUGUCACUGCAAGUGAUGAACUUCACAGUUUUACGUCACCAAUGCACAUAAUUGAGAACUUCCUGGAAUCUCUUACUAAUGCAGAUUUAGAUGGGAGAGUGGUUGUCAGUAAAGUGGGUAGUACGCACUUAUCCAGAAUGAAGUUUCUUUUGCUAAAUCCUGCCGUUCAUUUUAAAAGUGUUGCUGAGGAAAGUAGAGCAGUCAUAGUGGCGGGAGGAACCAUGCAACCAACAUCAGAAUUUAAAGAUCAAUUGUUUGCUUGUGUUGGUAUCAAUCCAGAGAAAAUCCACGAGUUCUCAUGUGGUCAUAUUAUCCCACAUGAUCAGCUGCUGCCUCUUGCCGUGGAAAAAGGACCAUCAGGUCAACAGUUUGACUUUUCGUUUCAGUGCAGAGACUCACCUCAAUUGAUAAAUGAGUGCGGCCGUCUUUUGUUAAAUAUGUGCACGGUCAUACCUGGAGGUAUGGUUUGUUUCUUUUCUUCAUUCGACUACGCUAAUAAAGCUUACUCUAACUGGGAGAAGUCAGGACUCUUGGAAAAACUGAACUCAAAAAAYAAGGUUUUUCAAGAGCCGCGGAAAGCAAAUAAGUUGGAGUUUAUUCUGAAUUCAUAUUCAGAGUGUGUUAAGAAGUCUAGCGGUGCUUUGCUUCUCAGUGUCGUUGGUGGGAAAAUGAGUGAAGGGAUCAACUUUUCUGACGAUUUGGGAAGAUGUGUGGUGAUGAUUGGUUUGCCUUAUCCAAAUAUCACCAGCCCUGAACUGCGAGAGAAAAUGAAUUACUUGAACYCAACAGUUGGGGCCAAUGCCGGUCAGGAGUAUUAUGACAAUCUUUGUAUGAAAGCAGUUAACCAAUCAAUAGGUCGUGCUAUUCGUCAUCGGGAAGAUUAUGCAACUAUUUUGCUGCUAGAUUAUCGAUAUAGUACGCCUAAAGUUUGUCGCAAGUUGCCUUCCUGGAUUGGAAACAGAGUGGAACAUCACGUGCGAUUCGCAACGGCUUAUGGGGCUGUGCGGAAGUUCUUUGUCAACAAAAAGUGAUAACGUGCAGAUAUAGCAGACUGUAACACUGAUAUUUUGAAAAUUGUUUGAAUGUGUACAUUGUUACGUCCGUCGCUCGUGGAUGGGUUAUCAUCUGUUUGUUUGU